AAACGUCCCCUCGGCCUGACCACACCUGCGCCUUCGAUCCCGCCGCAUCUCGGGGGAGAGGGGAGCGGCAAGCUCCCUUCCUCCGCCAGGUGUAGGGAAAAGAGGUGGAGUGGGUUCCCCUACGACCUGAGCGCUGACCUGGGCGUGUCGUGUUCUGUCCUGGACGUUGGCCUGGAGCUCGGGAAGACAUUCCUGGCCUAGACUACCUAGAUACCUGCAUCCUCUCCUGUCCUUGCUCCGGUCCUCACUGCCAGCUGAACCUCUGAGCAUUCGUUUUUCCAGCUCCCAAAUCCCCGGUCGGGCCAGGCUCAUCCCCUUAGCGAUCGUGGCAACAAGUGAGAUCGGUUCUGAGCGUUGGGGUGGUGAAGAAGCUGAGCUUCCACUGGAGAGGAAGUGGAGGUAGUGGCAGACAACAGACAAUAAGACAGUUUCAGAUUUGGGAGUGCCACGAAGAAAAGAAAAUGUGUGUCUGGAGGGAGACUACUUUGGAAGGGUGGUCAGGGAGGGCGGCUCAAGAGGUCCCAGACUGAGGGGAUUACGAGGGCAAAGGCUUGGGGAUAGGAAGAGCAGUGGGCUUCGAGCAAGCGAGUGAUGGGGAGCUUGGGAAGAAAUGAGAUGAAAGCGUGGGCCCAGCAAGGAUCUGGACUUUAUUCUAAAAGCAGCAAGAGUUCAUGGAAGCCCAUUGUCCAAGGUGUUAACAAGGCACUCAUGCUUUCCAAGCCUGAGUCCCCCAGUGCCCUGGGCUUUUCCAGCAUUUUCAGGUAGGGACCCAGCCAGAGCUGUGGCCAGGCCAGCAGAAUUUUCUGCCAAACCCAGCUGUCAUGGUCCCCUCUGAUCCUCAGGAUCCUCCCUCUGUAAAAUGGUGGUGAUAAAUCCUACCUCACAAUGUGCACACCUGAUCUAACUUGCAGUCAUCCUACUCCCACAGGGCCUGCCCUUUCCUGGCACAGAAUGCCUGAGGGCCCAGAGCUGCAUCUGGCCAGCCACUUUGUGAACCAGGCAUGCAGGGGGCUGGUGUUUGGUGGGCAUGUGGAGAAGUCACCAGUCAGCCGCAACCCAGAGGUACCCUUUGAGAGCAGUGCCUACUAUAUCUCAGCCUCAGCCCGUGGCAAGGAGCUUCGCUUGACACUGAGCCCCCUGCCUGGAGCCCAGCCCCCACGAGAACCACUGGCCCUCAUCUUCCACUUUGGCAUGUCUGGCUCCUUCCAGCUGGCACCCAGCGAUGCGCUACCACCACAUGCCCAUUUGCGUUUUUACACAGCUCAUCCUGGUCCCCAACUCGCCCUCUGCUUUGUGGACAUCAGGCGCUUUGGCCACUGGGACCUUGGGGGCGAGUGGCAGCCAGGCCGUGGGCCAUGCGUCUUGCUGGAGUAUGAACAAUUCAGGAAAAAUGUGUUACGAAACCUAGCAGACAAGGUCUUUGACCGGCCCAUCUGCGAGGCCCUCCUGGACCAGAGGUUCUUCAAUGGCAUUGGCAACUAUCUGCGGGCAGAGAUUCUAUACAGGCUGAGGAUACCUCCCUUCGAGAAGGCCCGCAAUGUUCUGGAGGCGCUGAAGCAGCACAGGCCGAGCCCAGAGCUGACCUUGAGCCAGAAGAUCAAAGCCAAGCUGCAGAACCCAGACCUGCUGGAGCUGUGCCACUCAGUGCCCAAGGAAGUGGUCCAGCUGGGGGGCAAAGGCUACGGGCAAGAGAGCGGCGAGGAGGACUUUGCAGCCUUUCGAGCCUGGCUACAGUGCUAUGGCAUGGUGGGCAUGAGCUCCCUGCGGGACCGGCACGGCCGCACCAUCUGGUUCCAGGGGGAUCCUGGACCUCUGGCACCCAAAGGAGGCAAGUCCCAUCAGAAGAAAUCCAAGGGAACACAGCGGGGUCCUGAGGAGAGAAUGGAGGACACUCCACCCCCAAGCAAGACCUCUUCACUGACAAGAAUGGCAUGGAAAGGCCUUCCUGAGCAAAGAGCAGCCCAGCAGCCUGAGGGGACCAGCUUCCAACAGGAUCCAAAAGUCCCCCGAGUCACUGAGAAAGGGAAGAGGAGGAGGCAAUGGGCAAACUCAGGCUGCUGCAGACCUCAAAAGAUCAAGACUGAUACCCCACCUCUGGAGCCUGAGGAGACCUCAGCCUCCUAGCAGGAGGAUCUCCUUGCUUGCAUCUACCCCUUCCCACUGCCUUACCCUGGAUCUGGGUGUCUGUGUGGCUUCCUAGAAGCAGGCAGUAGGUGAAGGAGGCUAGAUGCCUGUGGCUGUUCCCUACAAAAGUAGGGUGUUUUUAAUUGUACCCAUUUUUAAAUCCCAUGUGAAAAAUGCUGUAUUUUUAAAAAUAUAAAUUAAUAAACUUCUG